AUGUGAGAGGCAGAGAUAGAGGAGAGGGGGCCAAAGAGGAACAAACUGUGCUACUCCUAUUGCUUCUUUUAGCUGAGGAGCACAGCUACGGGACAAUGUCAAUGCUUACUCCUGUCCUGCAGCCCCCGGAGGUGAAGGAGUAUCUGUCCAAGGGUGAACGCUUCAUCAAAUGGGAUGAUGAAACAGCAAAUGCUUCUCCUGUGAUUCUUCGGGUGGAUCCAAAGGGCUUUUACUUAUACUGGACCUAUCAGAAUAAGGAAAUGGAAAUUCUGGAUAUAACCAGCAUCCGAGAUACUCGAGUAGGGAGAUUUGCCAAAAUCCCCAAGUGCCAGAAGCUCCGAGAAGUUUUUAAUUUGGAUUACCCUCACAGCACCUUUCUGCUUAAGACUCUGACUAUUGUAUCUGGCCCUGACAUGGUGGACCUCACUUUCCAUAACUUUGUGUCCUACAAGGAGAAUGUUGGCAAGAGCUGGGCAGAGGAUAUUAUGGCCAUCGUUCGGAAUCCCCUCACAUACAACGCUUCUCGGUACACCUUCCUGGAGAAAAUCCUGGUGAAGCUGAAGAUGCAGCUUAAUGCAGAAGGAAAGAUUCCUGUCAGGAAUAUUUUUCAGAUGUUUCCUGCAGACAGGAAAAGGGUGGAAGCAGCAUUAAGUGCCUGUCAUCUUCCAAAAGGCAAGAAUGAUGCCAUCAAUCCAGAGGACUUCCCUGAGACUGUGUAUAAAACUUUCCUCAUGAAUCUGUGUCCACGACCUGAGAUUGAUGAGAUAUUUACCUCACACCAUUUAAAAGCAAAACCCUACAUGACCAAGGAACACUUGGCAAAGUUCAUCAACAAGAAGCAGCGAGACUCUCGCCUCAAUGACAUCCUUUUCCCACCAGCAAAACCUGAGCAGGUGCAGAGCCUGAUAGAGAAAUAUGAGCCCAGUGGGAUUAACAUCCAAAGAGGGCAGCUGUCUCCAGAGGGGAUGGUCUGGUUUCUCUGUGGCCCUGAGAACAACGUGAUAGCGCUGGAUAAAUUGGUGCUGUACCAGGACAUGACGCAGCCACUCUCACACUACUUCAUCAAUUCAUCACACAACACAUAUUUAACAGCUGGUCAGUUUUCUGGUAUCUCGUCUCCUGAAAUGUAUCGCCAGACACUGCUGGCUGGCUGUCGCUGCGUAGAGCUGGAUUGCUGGAAGGGCCGUCCCCCGGAUGAGGAGCCGAUCAUCACUCAUGGGUUCACCAUGACAACUGAGAUCCUCUUCAAGGAUGCAAUCGAGGCCAUUGCAGAAAGUGCUUUUAAAACAUCUCUCUACCCUGUCAUCCUGUCCUUUGAGAACCACGUGGACUCGCCCAAGCAGCAGGCAAAGAUGGCUGAGUACUGCCGAACCAUAUUUGGAGACAUGCUGCUGACAGAGCCACUGGAAAAAUACCCACUGAAGCCAGGAGUUCCCCUGCCAAGUCCUAAGGAUCUCUUAGGGAAAAUCUUGAUUAAGAACAAAAAGAAACAAUCUGUAUCUGGGAAGAGGCAGAAUUCUUUGAAGAAAGGGAGGAAUGUGGAACCAGAGAUCAUUGAGCAGCCAGCCCCUAUGGAUGCUGAAGAUACUGUUUGGGCAGGCGAUGUGGCUGAAGAGGAACCAGAGGAAGAGGAUGAACAGCUGGGAAACCUGGAUGAGGAGGAAAUUAAAAAGAUGCAGUCAGAUGAGGGCACUGCUGGUUUGGAAGUGACAGCGUAUGAGGAAAUGUCCAGCCUAGUUAAUUACAUACAGCCUAUCAAAUUUGACUCCUUUGAAGUCUCUGCCCAGAAGAACCGGAGUUAUGUCAUCUCUUCCUUCACAGAAUUAAAGGCUUAUGAUCUGCUAACCAAGUUCCCUAUGCAGUUUGUAGAAUACAACAAGCGACAGAUGAGCCGGAUUUACCCCAAAGGCACCCGGAUGGACUCCUCUAAUUACAUGCCCCAGAUGUUCUGGAAUGUUGGCUGUCAGAUGGUGGCACUGAACUUCCAGACUAUGGAUGUCCCCAUGCAGCAGAACAUGGCUCUGUUUGAGUUCAAUGGCCAGUGUGGCUAUCUGCUUAAGCAUGAAUUCAUGCGGCGUCCAGACAAGCAAUUUGACCCUUUCUCUGUGGACCGCAUUGACGUGGUGGUGGCAAGUACCCUGUCUGUCACGAUACUUUCUGGUCAGUUCCUCUCAGACCGCAGUGUGAAGACAUAUGUGGAAGUAGAGCUGUUUGGGUUGCCAAGGGACACAAAACGCAAAUACAGAACCAAACUGACCUCCACUGCCAAUUCCAUUAACCCUGUAUGGAAAGAAGAGCCUUUUGUUUUUGAAAAGGUCAUGAUGCCUGAGAUAGCAUCUCUAAAAAUCGUGGCUUAUGAAGAAGGAGGGAAGUUCAUUGGUCAUCGUGUCAUUCCCAUUAUUGCGGUGCACUCAGGCUAUCACCAUGUUUGUCUCCGCAGUGAAAGCAACAUGCCACUCACUAUGCCUUCUCUAUUUGUGUACCUGGAAGUAAAGGAUUAUGUUCCUGACGCUUGGGCAGAUCUGACUAUUGCUCUCUCCAACCCAAUUAAGUUCUUCAGUUUGCAAGAUAAGAAGUCUGUUAAACUAAAAGAUGGCUCAGUGGAGAGGCUUGACAUGCAGAGGAACUUCCCAUCUGCUGAAAGUAAUGGGAUACCAGACUCCACUGGGAAAUUCAGCACCCUUUUUGCAAAUGGACCUGCAGGAGCAGUGGCUUUGGCCAAGGAUGAAAAUGUGAUAGAAGUGACACAGAUUACAGAGCCUCAGACAGCCAGCCUCGCAGAACUGCAGCAGAUGAAGCUCUUUCUGAAGCUGCUGAAGAAACAGGAGAAGGAGCUAAAGGAGCUGGAACGGAAAGGAAGUAAACGAAGGGAAGAGCUGCUGCAGAAAUACUCUGUCCUCUUUUCAGAGCCUAUCUACCAUGGAGGCAAGAAAAGGGCAAUACACUCCAGGAAAACCCAGAAGAAGAGGAGUCUGACAACAGGUGAUGUUGGUACUACAUGUACAAAUCCUGUAGUAAUGGCAGAAAGCAUUGAUAGUCGAGUUUUGGAACUGAAAGAGAGGCUGGAGAUGGACCUCAUCCAGCUGGGGGAAGAACACUAUGAUGGGAUUCGAAGGAGGAAGGAGCAGCAUGCCACAGAGCAAGUUACCAAGAUAACAGAGUUAGCGAAAGAGAAGCAGACGGCUGAGCUGAAGGCGCUGAAGGAGUCAUCAGAAAGUAAUAUUAAAGAUAUUAAGAAGAAGCUGGAGGCCAAGAGAGUGGACCGAAUCCAAGCCAUGAUGCGGAAUACUAGUGACAAGGCUACUCAGGAGAGGUUGAAGAAAGAAAUAAAUAACUCUCAUAUUCAGGAAGUGGUGCAAACAAUCAAACUGGUGAUAGAAAAAACAGCCAGGUAUCAGCGGAAACUGGAAGAGAAGCAGGCAGAUAAUCUGAGAGCAAUCAAGGAGAAAGAAAGCCAGCUUCAGCAGGAGGCAGGGGCAGAGUAUGAGGAGAAAUUGAAAAGGCUGAAUACAGAGGUGCAGGAGAUGGUGAAGAACUAUGCAAAAGUAGUCUUUCCUGAAGAGCCAGAGAUGUUGAAUGAAGCAGUUCUGAGCAUUCGUAAGGAAGAACAAGGCUCUACAGAGCAACUGGAAGAGAAGAUCCCUGUGGCAGAGGUGUCAAGGCUUACAAUAGCUAUGGCUGAGCCCCCAGAAACCAAAACAGAUGGUAAUAUUGAGGAAAGUAGAUUCUGAGAGAUGCUUCCCUUACUACUCACUGUUCCACUUCAGGAAUGUUUAUGGACAUAUAUAGUGAAGUUAAAGACCAGCUUGACAAACUACUCUCUCUCUCCACGCUGGGAAACUCCUGAAAUUCUUCAGGGAUUUACUACUUUGGUAUUCUAGGUAUUGAAAGUAGGCUGAUGAGCUCACCUUCCAGAGCACGCUUCACUGUCUUCUACAGUCUUAGCACUAAUCUGACUCAGCAGUGAAGGGGCCUGUGGCUGAAUACAAGCUAGUUGUUGACACUGAUGGCAAUGUCUACAUUAAUACCUGAGUCUGGGUUCAGACAACAGUUUUCAGAGCAAGUUCCCUCGUCAUUCAUCACAGAUCUGUUCGCAUCAUAGCAGUCUCAGAGCUAGAUU